UAUAAAGAGAACUUGUAACAAGUUAGCUACAGCGACAAGUCUUCAGCCUUCGCUUCACUCUCACUCUGUGCAGUGCUCAGCAGGCUGCCUUCAAGACAGGAGGGUCUGAGGUACCACAAAGGACGCUCCCUAACCUCUCCACUUGCCUGAGAUGUUGUGACCCUCCGGUUAAACCACCACAAAUCAUCUCUCUCUAAUGAGAAAGCAGCCCUAUGGUCUGAAAAGUCUGAAGUUGUUUCUGGUUUUGGAAAGUGCCACAUUUGACCAGCAAUGAAGGGGAAUACACCAGUUCUUAACUGGACUUUUCCAGUGAAGUUGAUGACAUUUGUCAUCAUUGGUUUGUUUUUGACCAUUUUGCGUGCACAGCUGGGUGUUGGAGAGAACAUGUCACAAAGCUCCAGCCAGACGUUAUCUAAAAGGAGAAUGAGACGGGCCACUGAUUGUACCAUGGGCUUCAUCAAAGGAGAAAUGACCAGUGAUUCAUUGCGUCUGGCAUCUUAUUCAGCCAGCCAGUUAGAUGCUUGUUUGAACAAUAGUGUGUUGAUAGCAAACCUCACUCAACUGGGACAAAUAGCUUUUAGCAGAGAGCAGCUUCUUGUUCUAAAAGGGAAACUGGGAGAGAUAUACGUAAACAGACUGCGAGAAGAACGGAUACGAAAGCUGGGUUUCAUUAUUACUGUGUAUGGCCCUGAGGAAAUUAUCACAUGGAACAUAAUGAAUGUGGAUACCCUUGCUCUUGUUCUAAGUAAUAGCCCAAAUCUGAAUACGACCAAAGCAAUUAUUUCAAAUUACCUGCAGAGAUCUGGGCCACUAAAUGCCACUGCUUUGGAUGUAAUUGGUGGUCCAAUAUUGUGUACUCUGAGUGAAGAGAACCUCAGGACCAUUCUUCCCAGUGAAUUGAAGAAAGCCAAACCACUGAAUACUUCCACAUGUACCCAGGCGAAGAAAGACAUACUUUUUGGGAUCGCUAAAGUUGCGUUCCAGGAUCUUGCUGGUGAUCCUAAAGCUUAUUAUAACAAACUCAAGCCAUAUAUUGGUGGUGCACAAGCGUCUGAUUUACAGAGUUUAGCUGCUGGCAACAUCAACAUGGACUUUGAGACAUUCAGCAGCCUCAAUCCAGUAGAAGUGGAAAAACUCACUGCCCAGAACAUUCGAGAUCUGCUUGGAAUUAACCUGAAUUCCCUUAAAGAAAAUGAAAAUCAUGAAAUUGUGUGGCGUUGGAUUAACACACACACAGUGGCUGAGGUGAUGAGUCUGGGAAUUGGCCUCAGAGGUGGAAUAUCACCAGCUGGACUUGGGAACUUUGCCUUUCAGGAACUGUCUGGUUCUGCUUCAGUCAACAGCUACAGUCUCCUGCUCUCCAUUUGCAUCACUAUGAUGGGAAUCACAUUACAAUACCCUCCGUAAAUUGUGCUUCAGCCAUCAAUAGCUUCAUUGGAAAUGAUCAGAUCUCCUUGACCGAUAUCAACAAAGGUUUAACAAACUGAAUAACUGAAGUGAAAUCUGCUUGUAAUGAUCCAUUUUUAACUAGCCUUAAGCCAAGCUAAUCUCGACAACGUUCUGAUUAUGUAUGAAAUACAAUAUUUUAAGGACUGAUUUGGAUCGCAAUCAGAAUGACAAUCCACCAGCAAUGGGUAAAGCGUUACGUUUUUAGUGCUUAGCAAAUCUUGCAUUCUGAUCUUUCUUAAGUUUUGUAUUUAUUGGAUCUUUAUGGAAUGAAUAAAAUUCCAAUUUGAUUGUAUUUACUUGAAACUAGUAAUUUGAGGUCGUUUUCUAACAUGUGCUGGUUAUUAAUAGAGGAAUAAAUCUUGAAUACUUGACAGUUGUAUGUAUAGUUGCCCUGUCAAGUGAUAGUGCCAAGAAUCUCCAUCAGUGCAGGCUAUUGCUCUUGAAGGAGUCUGCAGUUCUAACCUGAAUGCCUGAGCUAAUUUAGCUCAUCUCUGUGCAACAACAGUUACGGUGCAAAAGUUUAUUUUAGUGAUGAGGAAUAGAAACCACUGAUCUUUACCUCAUUAGCCAAAUGGGAAGUAAUCUUCCAGUCUUCAAUCUCUUGUUGAGCUGUGAUUUUUCUCAUUUGAACAGCAUCUUUGUCUGUAGCCCCCUCACUCAUAGAACUGAUGACCUUCAUGAUAAAGGGCAGCCAACAGGAAAGGCUGUUGGUAAAUGUUCAACAGUCAUCAGCUCUAAGAGUGAAAAAGGGGACAUUUGCUGAUAAAAUGGUAUUAGAUUAAGCAACCAGCGUACUUGUAUAUUUUCUAUACUAAAAAGUAUUCAAUGCAAUUAUU